AUGGCUAGCCGUGAUUUUUGUAAUAUCAUGGAGAGUUUUACUAGGAAGGUAAUUGAUUCUAGCGUAAAGGAUGUCAGAAGUGUUAUUGACUUCGAUGAGAAUUUGAAAACUCUGGAAAGAAAUAUGAAGCAAUUAUCAGAUAAAGUAGUUGAUGUGAAGACAGAAGUUGAGAAUCGAGAGCAAUAUGGGAAGAAGAAGAGGAAAAGAGAAAUUGAUUCUUGGUUAGACGAUGUUAUGAAGGUCGAAGAAGAAUUAAGUGCCUUAAAAGAAGAAGUAACAAGAGGGGAGAUAAAUCCUGGUGCUUUGGAGAAGUUGAAUGGAAGGGCUGGAGAACUUCUUGAGCAAAGUAAACAUUUUGGAACGCUCGUACAUGAUAUGUAUGAGCGCGAGGAGUGUCUACUAUUGGUGCCUCAAGUUCACGAGAAAAUAUCAGAAGAAAAUAUAGAAGACAUUUGGUCGUGGUCACAGGAUAAUAAUGUCUCAAGCAUCGGUAUACAUGGUAAGGAAGGUGUGGGCAAAACGACUUUGGCAAAGCAUAUAUAUAAUCGUCUUAUUAAAGAGACUUAGUAUCAAG